AUGGCCGGAGACCCUGUUCUCUACAGCCUUUUCGUCUACGCGCCCAACCAAGCCGCGCCCAUCUUCUUCUCCCUCGCUUUUGCCCUCUCGGCAGCCGGUCACAUCUGGCAGUGCAUCCGGUAUAAGAGCUUCAAGCUCGUCGGACUGCAUCCCUUCUGCGCCGUCCUCUUUACAGCCGGGUACGCUCUGCGGGAGUACGCAUCCAAAAACUACCUAUACAGCGACAGGAACCUCAUUAUCUUCAUUGUCAGCCAGGUGCUCAUCUACAUUUGCCCCCCCCUGCUAGAGCUCGCCAACUACCAUGUGCUUGGGCGGGUGCUUCGGUACGUGCCGCACCUGGCCCCCCUACCCCCCCGGGCGGUUCUCGCCACGUUCGGCAGCCUCAUGGCGCUCGUUGAGGCGCUCAACGCCGUCGGCGUGUCGCUCAGCUCCAACCCCUCGUCGGACGCGGACCAGCAAGACCUGGGGGGCCGCCUGACCGUGGCCGCUCUGGCCAUCCAGCUGGCCCUUAUUGUCAUCUUUGCCGCCCUGGCGGGGCUCUUCCACCGUCGCUGCGCGAGGGCCGGGCUGCUCGGCGGCGGCGUGGCGGCCACCCUCGCCGCGCUGUACGCGAGCAUGGCGCUCAUCCUGGCGCGCUGCGUCUACCGCCUGGUGGAGCACGCGGGCAGCACGGCCGUGGACAUUACCGACCUGGAGAGCAUGCGGUCGCUAAGCCCGCUCCUGCGCUAUGAGGCCUACUUUUACGUCUUCGAGGCCAGCCUAAUGCUGGCCAACUCGGUGCUGUGGAACGCCUGGCACCCCGGACGGCUGCUGCCCGGGACGGCCGGCGUGCACCUGUCGCCGGACGGGGAGACGGAGUACACGGGCGCGCAAGAGGACGGGCAGCGGCUGAGGAAAAGGUGGUUUGCUCGCUGA